AUGGACACUAUACAAAAAUCAUGUCAAGACAUGCAAAAGAAGCAAACAGUAAUGCAAGACACAAUUCUCGACAGAUUGGCUUCUUUCAAAGAGCUAUUGGAGAGACAGAAACAAUCACUUGCAACUGAUAACAGCAAUCCAGAACAAAGCAUUGUAGAUAUUAAAGAUGCUGCAAAAACAUUGCAAUUUCAGAAACCACAAAAAGAAUUCGAAACUUGCUUGAAGAAGCUGAACAAAGACUUGGAAAGAAAAUUCAAGCAGGAUAUCUCUGUCAUUUAUCAUCCAGAAGCGUUUGCUGGAAAGGAAGACUUGAUAUUUCGUGCGUUAGCAUUGCACUUUAUUCGACAAGGAAAAUUUGAGUUGUGUGAUGAAUUCAUGGACGAGGCUCAAGUACCAAUUGAUGAUGAUUUGCGCUCGACUGUGGAACAUCUAAAAGCCGAAUUUGAACAAAUGUACACUGUUUUGAAUCAGUUGGAUAAAGAAAAUGACUUGACAUCUGCAAUCAAGUGGACAGAAGAACAUCAUGAGGGUUUACGCAGAUUGGGGAGUUCUCUCGAGUUCAACCUGCAUCGUAUGAAAUUCAUCCAACUCUUGUUGGCUGGUGAUGCGCUGGGGGCCAUUAAUUAUGGUAGAACACACUUUCAUCAUUUUGGUGAAAAGAACUAUCCUGAAAUCAAGAGAUUAAUGACAGCAUCCUUGUAUAUAAACGAUAUAUCAACCUCUCGCUAUGCUGAUCUAUGCUCGCCAUCGAAUUGGAGUGAAAUCAAACAAGAGUUUCAAAGGGAUUUCUGUUCACUUUUGAAGAUGAGCUCAGAAAGUCCACUUUAUACCAGUGUUUAUGUUGGCACAACAGCGCUACCAGUGAUUAUGAAGCUAUUCACCAUCAUGGCAAGCAAGAGAGCAGAAUGGAGCGCACAGGAUGAAUUACCAGUUGAAAUUCCUCUUGAUGAGGAGCUGAGAUACCAUUCAGUGUUUGCUUGUCCAGUAUCUAAAGAACAAGCAACAGAUGAGAAUCCUCCCAUGAUGAUGCCCUGUGGUCAUGUCAUUUGCAAAGAGAGUCUGACGCGAUUAUCUAGAAACAGCAGAGCUGCUGCAAGAUUCAAAUGUCCAUACUGCCCCUCAGAAUCAUCUAUAGAUCAGGCUGUGCAAGUUUAUUUUUAA